AAAUUUUCACCAGUUUCUAGAUGGACAAGGGCUCGAAUUGAAAAAGAAAGAGCCAAAGGACUUCAAAAAGGAAUUAAAGCUCGGCAGUUCCCUGUCUGGGUAUAAAGCGCGUUGUUCCCGCCCACGGCCCCAAAAAGAUGAGCGAUGGCCUCAACAGAAGUAGACGACCCCGAGUCGUUGAAAGCCUUGGCAGUCUUUCUGCUUCGCCACCACUCCAGUGACCUCCGCUCCAUUAUCCUCGCCCGCGAUUCUCUCCUUCAUUACCCUCUCCAUAUCCAAUUUGCAGAACUUAUGAAUGAUGAUCCUCCACGCGCUCACCUUCUCUUCUCCCAACCUCUACAAUACCUCCGACUAUUCGACUCCGCAGCAUUCCUGGCUCAGAGAGCCAUAUUGGAAGAAUUUGGUUGGGUGAAUGCUAGUGUAAAGGAAUCUGUGCAUGUUCGGAUUAAUAUCUCCGGUUCUCCCCUUGAAUUCCCUGAGACUUUUCCCAGCAUUGGAAGAGUGAGAGUGAAGCAUCAUGGAAUUCUUCUUACCCUGAAGGGGACAGUAAUUCGAUCUGGAGGGAUCAAGAUGAUUGAAGGGGAGAGGAAAUAUGAGUGCCGGAAAUGCAAGCACAUCUUCAAAGUUUAUCCUGAGCUGGAAACUAGAAAUGCCAUACUACUCCCAUCAUCUUGCCCCUCCCAGAAGUGUGCUGGAACAAACUUUCAGCUUGUAGAGGACAGUAUAAUACGCCAUGAUUAUCAGGAAAUUAAGAUCCAAGAAAGCGUGCAGGUUUUGGGUGUUGGGGCUAUUCCUCGUUCAAUUCCUGUCAUUCUGCAGGAUGAUCUUGUUGACAUUGUUAAAGCAGGAGAUGACAUAAUUGUUACUGGGAUUUUGACUGCAAAAUGGUCUUCAGAUUUGAAAGAUGUGCGCUGUGACCUUGAUCCAGUAUUAAUUGCUAAUCAUGUGAGGAGAACUAAUGAGCUUAGAUCAGACAUGGAUAUCCCUGAUGAGGUCAUUAUGAAAUUCAAGCAGUUCUGGUCAGACUUCAAAGAUACCCCAUUAAAAGGGAGAAAUGCCAUUCUUAGGGGUAUUUGCCCACAAGUUUUUGGACUCUUCACUGUGAAACUUGCAGUUGCAUUAACACUUAUCGGAGGUGUGCAACAUGUUGAUGCUUCUGGGACUAAGGUUCGAGGAGAGUCUCAUUUGCUUCUAGUUGGUGAUCCUGGUACUGGAAAAUCUCAGUUCUUGAAGUUUGCUGCCAAGUUGAGCAACAGAUCUGUUAUUACUACUGGGUUUGGAAGCACUAGUGCUGGAUUGACUGUUACUGCAGUCAGGGAUGGAGGGGAAUGGAUGUUGGAAGCUGGGGCACUUGUUUUGGCAGAUGGUGGGCUUUGUUGUAUAGACGAAUUCAAUAGUAUGAGGGAACAUGAUAGGGCAACCAUACAUGAAGCAAUGGAGCAACAGACUAUAAGUAUUGCCAAGGCUGGUCUUGUGACAACUCUUAAUACCAGGACAAUUGUCUUUGGUGCAACAAAUCCUAAAGGACAUUAUGAUCCUGGUCAAUCUCUCUCUGUCAAUACAACACUGUCUGGACCCUUAUUGAGCAGAUUUGAUAUAGUUCUUGUCCUCUUGGAUACAAAGAACCCAGAAUGGGAUGCAGUUGUUUCUUCUCACAUUCUUGCUGAGCCUGAAGAAUCAGAGAAUGGCAAGCGUGAUGAAAAUCUAGCCAAUAUCUGGCCGCUUCCCUUACUUAGGAGGUACAUUCACUUUGUAAAAGGAUACUUCAAACCGGUUCUGACAAAGGAAGCUGAGAAAGUAAUUUCAAGUUAUUAUCAACUCCAAAGAAGAUCAGCAACACAUAAUGCAGCAAGAACAACCGUGCGCAUGCUAGAAAGCUUGAUACGGUUAGCCCAAGCACAUGCAAGACUGAUGUUCAGAAAUGAGGUCACCAGACUAGAUGCCAUCACAGCCAUUCUCUGCAUUGAAUCAUCCAUGACCACCUCGGCCAUUGUGGACAGUGUCGGGAAUGCCCUGCACUCCAAUUUCACUGAGAAUCCUGAUCAGGAAUAUGCCAAGCAAGAGAGGUUGAUCCUGGAGAAGCUGAGUUCUAUAGAUGAAUUUCCCGACAUAAUCAGCAUACAUGGAUCAAUAACCGGAUGAGAAUGGAGGUCGAACAAGCUGUGGCUCAUGAGCAGGUGGGUGUUUAAUUUUUAUGCCCUCACCAACCUCACAGUAAAAUCCAAGUUGAAUACAUUACAUCAUAAGCUGCUUCUUAGUCUGGCUUUGUAGAAUUCCAUCGUAGAAUGCUUGUUCAAACUCCCAAGUUGUUUUUCUUUGUGUUGGUGUCUUUGUUAAAUGUCACUCCAUAUGGAGGGUUCGUUUGUAAUUUACUUUUGGCUACUGUUUAGUAAAAGUAAAUGAAAAAUGAUUUCAAGUAA